GAUGAGGGACGGCCACAUCAGACUGGUGAACAGGUAGAGGAUGCUGCAAAAAGUUCUCCAGCGUAUGAAGACACAACUUCCACAUCAGAGGAGGAGAGGUUGAAGUUGGGCUCUGCAUCUGGUCCAUCAAAUGAAGAGGCACACUCUGGAGGAAGUGCAGACAAAGAUGAGGGCAUCGAAGACUUCAGAGAUGCAAAUGAGGAACCGGAGCAAAUGGAUACAGAGGAAGCACCUGGAGCUCAUGCUAACCCAUCAACAGGCCCAUUAUCUGACAAUGAUGAACCAAUGCUAAGUGACAACGAGGAUCCACAAACUCAAGCCUCCAGAAAUACUAGUCCACCAAAUGAGCCCCAAAAAGAUGAAAUCUCAGCUCCUUCAGAUGAUGCUGGUGAUUAUGAUGACCAUGUGCCUGGAGACCAAAGCAUCACAAGAAGUCUCCGGGCUGAAGCUGAUGAUACUACUGAGGAAGAUGGAGACAACUUAACGCCCACUGAUAAUGAUGCUUCUUCUCCUGAUGAUUCCCAAACUACAGAAAGUACCAAGAGAGAUGAGUCAUCAGACUAUAAUGAUGCCGACGCCACCCAGUCAGGAGGCCCUAAAAGAAGAACCGAGGCCUUUUACAAAGAGAAACUGGACAAGAAUGGCAUGCCAGUUGACCAGACGUCUCCUGUUGCAUCUGAUACAACAGGCAAACUUCUUACAGGCAAAAAGCACAAAGUAGAUAAUGCUGACUGCACUGCAGGUAGUACUGGGUCAAGUCAAGAAAGCAAUUCUUUCUUUGAAGUGUUUGUAGACGCAGAUAUUUUAACCUACAUGCGCCAUAAGCAUCAUGCAGAGAUAGCAGAGAUUGGAAAAAUGUAUAAGUCUGUGUUUCAUACAAGUCCUGACAACACAAAAGCAUACUUUGUCCCAUCCCCUUCACAAGGACGGAAUCCUCAACCAGAGCAGGCCAUUGAUGAAUUCACUACUCUCUACCAGGACGUCUUUCACAAGAUUACAUGUGAGAACUUCAAUGUUGUCCAACACAAGUUAGCUCCAACGUUCCUCCUAGAUGGUGUCAGGAAAGUGCGACAAAACCACCCAGAAGUAUUGACGAAGGCAACUGAUGAUGACACAAAAGUGAUGUUCAUGGGGGAACCAGAGAAAAUAAGGGCAGCAAGAGCAGACUUCUGUGGUAUCAUGGGCAUCCCUGUCUCUAGAGGCUCAAGAGGAAGACACCCCAAUCCACCCACAAGUACAGAAUCCACAGGAAGUACCACAGAUGCACCAAAGGGAGCCGAAGGUGGUGAAAACUCCCCUGUAAUUCUCUUCACCCAUACGUUUGAGCAGGAGGUUGAAGUGAAAGUUGCUCAUGGAAACAUCACAACUCUGAAAGUGGACGCCAUUGUCAAUGCAGCAGAUGCACGUUUGAAGCAUGGAGGCGGGGUAGCAAAGGCCAUUGUUGACGCAGGAGGCUACAUCAUACAAGAGGAAAGUACAGAAAAGAUGAAGACCAGGGGUUUCCUGAAGCCAACAGAAACAGAAAUUACUGGGGCUGGCAGCCUACCGUGUAAGAACAUCAUACAUGCACAUGGACCAAGAUGGCAGGGGGACAGCCAAGCCAAACAUUGUACAAACAUGCUGACACAAACCUGCAUCAACAUUCUACAAGCUGCAGAGAGACUGAAGGCAGAGUCUGUUGCCAUACCAGCAAUCAGUUCAGGUAAAUAUGGCAUGCCAAAGCAUCUUUGUGCCCAGGCUCUGCUGUCAGGUGUACUUGACUACGUCAACACCAAAACCAAACCAACCAACAGUCUGAAGGACAUCUGGUUCAUUGACAUGACUGGAGAAACCAUUGGAGUGCUUGUAGAGGUAUUUGAUACAGGAAUAUCUGCACUGGAGUCAUCAAGUCACCGUGGAAAGGCAAAAAGUAAGCCUACCGUAAAGCCAAUCAUUAGAGCAAGCCAGCCACAAGUUCGCAACCAACCACUGACAAAGAGCUAUGCAUCUGCUGCUGCAACAAAGCCGUCUCCAGCAAGUGGUCAUCCGCACAGAAAUGACUCAAGCCAGGCUGGUGCCCUCAUUGCUCCAGGGUGGGCUCAACAGGUGACCAAAGACAGAAGCAGCCAGCAGGGAAAAGGUGGAGCAACAGGUGGUGGGAACAUAGGUACAACAGGGGCGGCUACCGGACACAAAACGUCAGGACAGCAAAGCACUGGAAAGAAGGAUGAAAAGUGCCCCAUUUGCCUGUCAGUGCAAACAAACCCGUGUUAUCUUCCCUGCAAAGCUAAAGGCUGUAAGGCAGUGUUCUGCAAGACGUGUUUGGACAAGGCAAUGAAGACCAAAUCACAAUGUCCAGUCUGCAGUGCUGUUGUGGGGAAACUGACAGGAAACCAGCCUGAAGGAAGCAUGAAGGUUUCCUAUAACAGACAAAUGAAUCUUGCUGGUAAUAAUAAACAAACCGGGGCCAUCAUCAUCGACUAUGCUUUUGGAAAUGGAAUACAAGGGUCAGAGCAUCCCAACCCAGGACAGCCUUACACAGGAACAACCCGCAGAGCAUACCUCCCUUAUAAUGCUGAUGGGAAGAAAGUGCUGGGUCUACUGAGACAGGCGUUUGAACAGAAGCUGGUCUUCACCAUUGGGACCUCAUCAACAUCAGGACUCAGUGACAGAGUGACAUGGAACGACAUUCAUCACAAGACCAGCACAUAUGGAGGACCAAGCAUGCAUGGCUAUCCUGACCCUGGCUACCUGAAAAGGGUGACAGAGGAGUUGGCUGCCAAGGGCAUCAAGUAGGAAAGCGAGAUGUAAACUCCAACAUAUUGAAAACACUGGUCAAUGAAGUGCUUCUUUUCAAAACCAAUAAAGAUUUUAGAAUUUGUAUGGAACAGUACUGUACAUGUAUAUAGACAAAGACAUAUAACACUUUAAAAGGCAUGAUAAUAAUUUCUUGAAAUGGUAAAUGUAAAAGUAUAUGGAAACUUGGACAUAUUUGUUAUCAGAUUAGACUGAAAUUGAAAUAUUUCAAGCUUCGUUUGCAUGCAUGAUAUAGUAUGAAGUAAUGCAGGAAGGCAAUGUUUUACUCAAUGUC